CUCUGGCCCCACGACCCGACCCGGCCCCCAGCCCCCUCCCAGGCUCCGCCGGCCUCUGGCCAGGGACACGUCUGCUGCGCGCUGAGCCGCCCCGAACCAACCAGGUUGGAGGCAUCGGAGGCUCUUCAGAUCCCGAGCUGUGGGCUGGGAGGUGGUGAGAUCCACUGCCCAGGCUCUGACCAUCUUCCCGGGCCCCGGAGGCUUUGACUCCAACCCAGGACUCUCCCCUUAGCCUCCGCAGCCCCCAGCAUGCAGCCCCAGGAGAGCAGCAUCCAGUACAGCAGGUGGGCCAACAGCAGCCGGGAUGCAGUCAGCGUGGCCGCAGGGCCUGGCACAGAGGAGGCCUCCAGCUGGCAGAGGAUCUCCUGGAAACUGUGUUCGGGCAAGCUGGGCAUCUCCAUGAAGGUGCUGAGUGGAGUGGCCCUCUUCUGGGCCGUGUUCAUCCUGGGCUAUGUCACCGGCUACUACGUGCACAAGUGCAAAUGAAUGCUGCCCAGCAGCCGGGGGUGGGGCUCGGAGGGACACUCGCCACGCACAAGGGCCCAUCUGUACCUGCAGACCUCAGUAUGCACAGCCUCCCUGUGUACAGGUCCCUCUCUCCACAGACAGCCCCCCACCACGGGCACAGACACUCCCCCCUCCCCAUACACAGACUUUGGGGGUGCACAGGGCGCAGGCGUACAGCCAGACAAGGACAGGGUACACAAGCAAGGGCAGGUGUAUGCAUACCUGGCACACACAGCCACCCGGGGCUCACUGGCUGGGAGAUGGGUCCCUGCCUGAACUGGGGCUACAGGACACACCCAGGCUGGUCCUGCAGUCCUGGGCCCCCAGAACCCCCUUCCUUCCCCAGGCACCAGGUGACUGUCCUCCCCCCACUGAGGACACAGGCCUAGCAGCCCAGGACUGAGUAGGGGGAGGGGCCUCGGCCCUGGUCCCAGACCCACCACCGAAUCUUUGGGCUUGUUCCCUUGGGGCCCAGUGGGAGCCCGGCUCCCUGCCUGUGCCCCAUGGGAGGACCAGAGCCUGUGCCUGGAGGCAGUCAUUAAAUGUCUGUUGGACAAAA